UGUGUGUCACCACAUAAACAAUAAAACAGACGGUUUAAGCAGAUGUUAGGACACAGCUGGGGUUGUCUUAAAGUUAGGGCAGUAUUUAGGAAGUUUAGUCUGGUUAGGAUGUUUCUGUAAUACUGUUUUCUCAUCAGGCGUCAGGAUAGGAUUAUGAAUUUUAGAACUGGUGAUCUGUAAUAGCUUCUGUAAUAACUUUAGGCCUAACUGAAGUUGUCAUGAUGACUAAACAGAUGUGGUUUCAGUGUCAGAAGUUUCUAUAAUGUGGCCAGGAACUUAUUUGCACUAGUAUUUGUGAGUGGUGGUUCAAAGGUGGCCGGCAUGCGGCAGUAAACACAGGUUUGGACAUAUCAAAAUUAAUAUCUGGGUCCCUCCUAUUUUGGAGCUGGUCGACGAUACUGGAAUACACACUCGGGAAUGGACGCCUUCUGGUCUCACCGGAGAAACUUGUUCUGACCUUCCUGUUCAAAACUGAGCUGGAAAGUCCACAAGACCCCAGUCCGCCAGUCACACGAUGAGGUGUCUCUUCGCUCUGCUCUGGUUUUCGCUGAACAUCUUCUGUUUAACUGAAGGUUUGAAGCUCAAAGACGUGCUGCGCAAGAGACGCCAGUCAUGUGAAUAUGGGACGUACACAGAUGAAAAGACAGGAUUAGAGUGCUGUCUCUGUCCCCCAGGUUAUUAUGUUCAGAAUCACUGCACUCAGGCAGGAGGUGAUCCAGAGUGUGAGCUGUGCGAGGAUGGCGUAACUUUUAUGGAUGACCCAAAUGGCGAGGAAAGGUGUGAACUCUGUUCGCCCUGUGAGGAUUCGGCUAACAGGGAGGUUUAUAUAAGAUGCACACCCUACGCCAACACAGUUUGCCGCUGCAAGGAUGGUCACUACUGCGACAAGGGCAACGAGUGCACGGCCUGCUACGCCUGUGACAAAUGUGAGGGACUGGAGGUGAAAGUGCCUUGCACCGCAUCCAACAACACAGUGUGCAAAGACGGGCUCAAUGUUGCAGUUAUUGUCUUGGCAAUAUGCAGUCUAUGCAUUUUAAUACUUGUAUGUGUGGUUGUAUUCUUAUGGAUUAAUAAGAUGCUAUGCUUUAAAGAACCUCCAAAGAAAAUUCCAGAGAGUCUAGAGGUGGACCCGCUCUUAGAAGAUGUGGACUUGACAGACUUCCUGCCUGAAAUAGCCCACAAACUCGGCUUGCAAGCGGUGAAAGACGUGACCAGGCGUUCGUGGAUGUUGACUGAUGUUGAGAUGGAGAACGUAGAGCACGAUUACCCCAAUGCAAAGGAACAGACCUUCCAGUUGCUCAAGUUGUGGUAUCAGAAACAUGGAUUAAAAGGAGCCUACAACAGACUCGUCAACAACCUCAUCAAUACAGGCCACAGAUCGUCAGCCAAUCAGGUGCAGCAGAUUGUCAAAUAAGGACAAGAAAGAAAUGAAGAGUCAGCACGAAAGUAAAUUCUCUAAGAUUAAAGAACACGUGUGUUUUGCUACAUGAAUGUCCACUACAGCAAUUUAAGGACAUGUGAAAAAUCUUGGGAAUCACUUGUUGUGGUUUUGUUCACACUACAAGUGCUCAACCGUUCAAAUCUUAAUUGUUUUGUUUUGGUUGUUCACAUCAUCGUUUUAUUUUUGGCCUGUAUCUGAAGUUAGUCUGAGCAAAUCACGCUGCUAAACUCACUCGCAUGCUCAAAAGAACUGUGCUUCUUCUGGCAUCCAACAAACACAGCUGUCCCCUGUGUUUCCUUAAGAUGAAUGGACUCGCUCCCAAAUGGCCACAUUGUCAGGAGAUUGUGAGUUCGAUCAUCUGUGGCCGGGAGUCCAAGAGAGUAUAGCCUUGCUAACUCUAACUCUACCAUCACCCAGAAUGUGUUCGAGCCGUAAAAAUGCAUGUUAUUCGGCCACGGUCACUUCUUUGGUUCGCGUCCUCAGAUUCUUUAAACUUUGUUUUCAGACUGUCUCUUGACGCUGCAGCCUCUUUCUCUUACGCCGCGUUUGGCCAUUUCUUUCGAAAUCUCUUCGAACACACAGUUUGGAUGCGGCUCUUCUGAUUUUUUUAGAAAAGAAACAUCAGCAUUAAUGUUUGAGUCUCAGCAGCGCGAAAUUAUGAUGAAUGGAUUGACGUAAAGGUCGCAUGAAUUCCGAUCUGGCUGUUCAGACUGAGUCGCAUUGCCCGCAGAUCAGAUAUCUGAUUUCAGUACCACAUAUGAAAGCAUCUGAAAUUGGAAUCGAAAAUGUCAGAUUUAAUGUGUCAACUGUUGAGCAAAGUUUGCACAAAUUUUGAAAAUUUUGAAUUUCUGUGCUUGUUUUGAUUGUGGGAGUUGAAUGGACAAAGAAAGGGAGCUCAGUUUUUUUUUUGUUCACCUGCUGUGAUGAAGACUGUUAAAGAAGGGAAACAAUAUGGAAAUUUAUAUCAAAUUAUCUUUGCAAUAAAGCUGAUCUUGAAAAUCCA